AUGCUGGAAGAGAAUACUCGACUGGGAGUAGAAGAUAUUGUUGAAAAUAGACAAGGUACGUCGUCCCAACCCUCAACAACAAUGUCACCGCCAAAUACAACUAAAGAAGAAGAAGUGAGUGAUGAAGGAAACAAUGUCACCAACACCACUGAAACACAAGGGUCCCAAGCUGCAACAGAAGCAACAGAAAAGUCUCAAGCUGCAACAGAAGCAACAGAAGCAACAGAAGCAACAGAAAAGUCCGAAGCUUUAGGUGAAAAACCAGAAACUUCAACAGAAAAGCCAAAAGCGUUUACGAUAAAGUAUAAACGUCCUCGAGGUUCAAGAGCAUGCACAGUUUGUAGGUCAAGAAAAGUCAGGUGUGAUGCGGAAAUCCACAUACCCUGUACAAACUGUAUCACAUUUGGUUGUGACUGUAUAUUGCCAGAAAUAAGAAAAAGAGGUAAUCAAACGGGAGAAUCAAAAGCAAAAAAACAAAAGUUGGCAGCAGCGGCAGCGGCAGCGGCAGCAACAGCAACAACAACAACAACAACAACAACAACAGAAACAGCAACAACAGCAUCUCCUACUUCUACUACAAAUGUUUCAGAUGCAGCAGAUGCUUCUGGGGAAUUACGUGACUCUAAUGAAACCAAUAAGAAAGAACCCUUGAAAAAAAGUAAAUCUUCAUCAAGAGAGAAGUGGGGCUCAAAAAGGAAAGGCGUCAAACAAGAAGAGGGUCUAGCAUCAGGGGAAGCUCGACAUUCACAGGAUUCUUCAUCACAUCCUUCCUUGCACCACUCUUCUCAUCAUCAUAAGCAACUGGUCAUCAAUGAACCAAUAUUAAAUAUAUCUCAAGUAAGCGUGCCUCCUUCUCUUACUUCAAACUACAAAAAUAGACCAUCCAUGCACAAGAGGGAACUACUCACCUCCAAGAUUAAACCAUCAAUGACUUUUCUAGGUUCAACUUCAGCUGGUGUUCUUCCACCAAACUCGGGAGGUAAUCACGUUCAAUUGACAGAGGAUGUGUUUGAAGUAACAGACAACGGUCUAGAUUCAGUGGAGUUGGAGAUUUUGAAACUAAGAGGUGCAUUUUUAUUACCGAGCAAGGAACUCGCGACAGAAUUGGUUAAUGCCUACUUUGAACAUGUUCAUCCAUUAAUGCCUGUAUUGAAUAGGAGCUUGUUUAUGAAAAAAUUCAACGAUCCAAACGAUAGUCCUAGUUUAAUGGUGUUGCAUGCCGUUUUAUUGUGUGGUAGCAGAAUCUCAAAAAGUCCAUUACUAUUGGAUUCUAACGGCUCAAGUAAUAUGGCAAGUCUCACUUUCUUUAGGAGAGCUAAGGCUUUGUAUGAAAUGAAUUAUGAAAGUGAUCCAGUGUCUAUUGUACAAACGGUUAUUCUUAUUGGUUCCUAUUGGGAAGGACCUGAAGAUGUCACCAAAAACUCCUUUUAUUGGACAAGAGUAGCCGUUGGAUUGGCUCAAGGUUUUGGAUUUCAACGAGAUGUCUCCAAAUCCAACAACUUGACCAUUCUGGAAAAGAGGCUAUGGAGAAAAAUCUGGUGGUGUUUGUUUGAAAAAGACCGUAACGUUGCUAUUGCUUUUGGAAGACCAGUGGUUAUUGAUUUAAAUGAUUGUGAUGUCCCCAUGUUGACACUAGAGGACUUUGAUGAGAACGACCCAGAAUUAGGUAUUGUUUCUCCAUAUCCUGUUAAUGAAGUACACGCCUUAUAUUUUAUUUAUUUGAUCAAGUUGGCAGAAAUCACGGGAAUUAUUAUCAAGCAUCAAUAUAGCGUCAAGUCUGAAUCUAUGAAGAGAAAAAAUGCAUUUUCGAUUAUUGAGCAUUGCGAUAUGUUGAUGGGUAUAUGGUUCACUAAUCUACCACCCCAAUUAUCUUUUUCCUUAGCUGAUAGUUCAUCACAAAACUUUUAUGCUUGCUUGUUAAAUGCCCAGUAUUACAAUAGAUUAUUCCUAAUUCAUAGAUCUAAUUUAAUCAGAAUGGCAAGAUCUUCAUCAACUAACCCGAAUAACUACAAAUAUCCAAGCUGGGGUAUUAGUUUCCAAUCGGCAAGGAUGAUUUCAAUUAUAUCGAAAAUUUUGUUGGAACGAGAUUUGCUCAUUUACGUUCCAGCAAUGUACGUGUACAUAGCGUUCAGUGCAUUGAUUAUGUUGAUUUAUCACAUUGACUCAACAAACGCUGUUAUUGCUUCAACUGCAAGUGAAUCGUUAUCUGUAUCAAGAGCUGUAUUGAAAAAGCUAUCAUUGUACUGGCCGAUAGCCGGAGUCUUGAUUAAAUUAUUUGACAAAUACGCAGAUAAUAAAAGAAAAAGAGCCAGCGUGAUUGAAAAUGGUUCAAGACGCGUGGAGGAAAGGGAACAGAAUCUUAAUGAAAAGGAUUCUUCAACUGGUCGUAGUAGUAGUUCAAUAAAUGCAUAUGGGGGGAACCAAAUAAUGCAACCUCAACCGCGAGCUCAAACACAACCGCUUAUUGCACCUGCUCAUCCACAUUCUACUAGACAGCAGCACCAACCACUUCAACAAUUUUCCCAAAUACAGCUGAGACAGCCGCUUGUAAAUACAAGGUAUUCCCCUGACUCUAAUACCUCUGGAGUUUCACCUGGAGGGAAUACUUAUAAUGAAUACUAUUCACAACAAUCACAACUUCAACAGCAGCAGCAACAGCAGCAACAGCAACAGCAACAGCAACAGCAACAGCAGCAACAGCAGCAACAUCAUCAUCAUCGUCACCAUCCACAACAGUCACAGUCACAACCACAACUACCAACUGCCUUGCCAGUGCAUGCAUAUUCUAAUGUACCUUCAGUCUCGCCAAGAAUUAGCAAUUCUAGAACUCCCCAAAUUGAGCAAUUAAUCCAACAAUAUAAAGUACCGAUGAAACUAGCCAACGGUGAUGGAAGUGAUAAGCACACUUCAGAUGCAUCACCUUCAUCAUCAAUAAAGUCAUUCCCAGAUAUUUCUCUUGUCACUGAGAAUAUUCCAAAUAAGCAAAACUUUUUUGAAAAUUUUGAACCUACACAAUUAUUCCCUACGUUUAGUGUACCUGUUACAAGAGCACAAUCACCAAGCAAUGAGCACAACGAGAGUCAUGAUCUUUUCUACUCCAUGGAAUCUGCAACAAGUCCACGGCAGCCUGAUCAAUCAGAUAACGCACAAAGACAACAUGAUCAAGAACAUGAUCAAGAACAAAAACAAGAACAAAAACAAAAACAAAAACAAGAACAAGAACAAAAACAAGAACAAAAACAAGAACAAAAACAAAAACAACAAGUACAAGUGGAGGGUGCCCAGCAGCAACAGCAGACUACGCACAAUCAACCCUUGUCUCAACCAGUUCAUGAUGAUGCACUUGUCAAUCCUUCUACUCCGGGAUUUUUGACUAAUUUUGUUAAUUCAUCCUUCAUCAAUAUGAACCUACAAUCAGGAAUCGAUAUGAAUGAUGAUUUCAAUUCAUUUUUCAAUUUCAUGAACUAG